UUGAAAAACUGCAAGUCCCAGAGAUCCCGGCAUCAGUGAACCUCCAACGGGGCUUAAAUAACAUGGCAGCUCCAUCCAGCAACACAUGCGGGCUCACAGAGCACUCUAUCAGGGAGAGGGUCCCCCCUCUGCUCACGGACCUGUACCAGUUCACCAUGGCGUACGCGUACUGGCGGACCGGGCGGCACCAGGAGCCCGCCGUGUUUGAGCUCUUCUUCAGGGACAACCCUUUCGGCGGCGGCUUCUCGCUGUUCGCCGGGUUGCACGACUGCCUGCUGUUCCUGCGCAGCUUUCGCUUCACAGACGAAGAUGUGGAGUUCCUGCGCUCAGUCCUGCCCCCGGCCACAGACCCCGCCUUCUUCCAGUUCCUGCGAGGCCUGGACUGCUCUGGCGUCACGCUCCGUGCCAUCCCAGAGGGCACUGUUGUGUUUGCUAGGGUGCCUCUGAUGGAGGUGUCAGGUCCGCUGGCUGUUGUUCAACUGCUGGAGACUAGUUUAUUGUGUCUGGUCAACUAUGCCAGUCUGGUGUGCAGUAACGCGGCACGUUUCCGCCUGGCGGCGGGCCCCAAAAGAAAGCUGCUGGAGAUGGGCCUGAGGAGGGCGCAGGGACCAGAUGGAGGGCUCACCGCCUCACGAUACACACACAUUGGAGGGUUUGAUCUAACCAGUAACGUUCAGGCUGGUUUCCUGUUUGGUGUCCCAGUCGCAGGCACCAUGGCACACUCCUACGUCACUUCCUUUACCUCCCUGGAUGAGGUCUGGCCACAAACUCUUGAGGCGUUGAACGGGGACUCCACUCCAGUUGACAUAAUUUCAUUGACCAAGGGCUGGUUGCGUCGCGUGUGUGAGCUCCUGGGAUCGCAGCCUGGGAAGAUCCACGAGGGCGAGUUGGCGGCCUUUUUGUCCUACGCCAUCGCCUACCCUCAGAACUUCCUCCCUGUGAUUGACAGCUUCAGCGUUGGCUGCAGUGGCCUGUUGAACUUCUGCGCUGUGGCCUUGGCGCUGUGCGAGUUGGAAUACAGGCCGGUCGGAGUUCGUCUGGACAGCGGGGAUCUCUGUAGGCAGUCGCUAGAAGUCCGCCGUGUGUUCAGACUCUGCAGCGAGCAUUUCUCCGUCUCUGCCUUCGACUCACUGAUCAUCGUCGGGACCAACAACAUCACAGAGCACAGCAUGGCGGAGCUUAACAAGAAGGAGAAUGAGAUCGAUGUGGUUGGUGUUGGAACACAUCUGGUCACCUGCACACAACAACCUUCACUCGGCUGUGUGUACAAGCUGGUGGAGGUGAGGGGUAGUCCCAGGAUGAAGAUCAGCGAGGACCCAGAGAAGAGCACUGUCCCUGGAAGGAAAGCUGUCUACAGGCUGAUAGAUGCUGAGGGCCAUGCUUUUCUGGACCUGGUGUGUCUGGUUGCAGAGGCUCCUCCUGAGGCAGGAGUGUCUGUGAGCUGUUACCCUCUGAGCUGCGAUACCUCCUGCAUGUCAGUCAUUCCCGCUCAGGUCACCUGUCUGCGCCAGGACAUGUUUACCAAAGGACAGGUCACACAGCCUCUGUGCAGCACUACAGAAACUAGAGCAAAGGUCCAGAGCUCCCUCCAGACUCUGCACCCUCGACACAAGAGGCUGCAGGAGCCAGACUCUUACACAGUGGCCCUGUCAGAGAAGCUUCAUACCCUGGUUACAGAGAUUCGAAAAGGAAGCUCCCACAAUAGCAAUUUUCUGUUGGCCAAUUGAAAAUAAUCCUUGACAACUGCCCUGUUGUUAUUUCCUGUUAUUCAAAACAUUAUUUUUUCAAAGUGCCUUAAAUUAAAACAAGAGCAUACUUUUUAGAAGAAGUGGUUAGGGUAAGUAACCAGUGUUUACCAGUGUUAAUACAGUAACCAGUGUUAAUACAUACCAGUAUUAACACUAUCCUUUCCAAAUACAGGAACACACAGAUGUGUCUUAACAACAGGGUCAAAAUGAACACAAGUCAAUAGGACUUUUUUACUUGAAAGCUAAGCAGGGACAGGUGGAAGAAAAUGUUGAUGGGGCCCUAUUAUGCUUUUUGGGGUUACCCCUUUCCUACAGUGACUAAUAUAGGUUUUUAUUGUAUGUAACUGGUCUGCAUGAAACACCUUUGAUUGGACUCCUUUAAUUCUUCCGCAACAUAGUGACAUACGUAACUGGUGUGCUUCUAUUGGCUAGAGCUCCAACACAUUGUACGUGAUAGGCUAAGAGGUGGAACAUCUCUAAGCAGUUGAACAAUCAAAAAAGAGCCGGCCAGCUAACCAAUCAGAGCAGAUUGGGCUCUGUUUUUUAGGCAGAGGGUGAAAAGAGGUGCUACAGCACAGGCAGUAUGAGAAAGAUAUGUCCCAGUAGAGGCACAACAUAAAUAAUGAAACCCUGAUAGUGCGUAAUAGGGCCCCUUUAAACAAACCAUUUUACUUGAUUACUUUUGUUAUGCUGGAAUUUUUUUUUUUUUUAUGUCUUUUCAGUUUUCAAUUGAUGGAUAAUGAAGCUGUGGGGCACCGUCAGUCACACUUGCUAUAUUAACACGUCAAUGUAAAUAAGAAGCUAAUGCUCUUUUGACCUCUUUUUUCUUCUUCAUAUUUUUGGUUUGAGUCUGCGAUCCAAAUUUAAAUAAAGAAGCUUCUCUGCUAAAAAUGUUUUUCGAAAUGUAACAUUAAUUCUCUCAAAUUGAUCACAAAAGUGACCUAAUUCUAAAGAGUUUCCUAAAAAAAAGUUUAUUUACAUCAAUAAUAAGAGUUAAAUAUUUGGAUCAUUUGUUAAACUUAAAGCUCAGUAAAUAUGCAUUUUUGCUAACACUAUUGCCUGGACAACCUUAUAAAACAGCUUCGGAAAGAUUAAGAGACCAGUCCAAAUUCUUCUUAGAUCUUUAUCUCUACAUGUAUGGCAGCCAUUCAGUGUCUGUUGAAUUUCAACACAGAAAUUGUCAGUAGUUUAAAGAAUACAAUAAAAUAAACUCAAACUCAAAGACAUAUCUAUAAAUAAUAAAACAAGAGAAAAUUAUAAUGCUGAAGUGGUCUCUUAAUUUUUUUCCGGGGCUGUAUGUCAAUGCUAUGCUUUUCAGCUGGAAAACUAAUUUUUUCAUUAAUUAUUAAAAUAUUCAUGCAACUUUACAUUCUGACAAUAUUUUGUAUUUCACCAUUUUUAAAAUACCUAAUCAAACAACAUAUAUAUGUUUAUUUUUGUUUCGUACAGCAUUUGUAUUAAAGCCAUUAAAUCUAGAAUUGUAUCUUGGUCUGUACAUUUCUGCGCAAAUAUUUGGGAUUAAAGAAAGAUGUAUGAAGA